AUGUUCCGCUCGCGCUUCCCAAGGAUAGGGCUCUCUGUACAGAGGAACUUCAUCAGGAGUUUUAGCCAAAAAGUGCCUCCAUUGAAACAUGAUUUCACAAAAGGCAUUCCUGAAUUCAUUGGCCCGCAAGCUUUCGACCUCUCGUGGACGGCAUAUCAGAAGCUUAUGGUGGACAAAUUGACCGAUGCAACAGCAGGGAUCCCUCACCUCGAAGGAAGACAACCCAAGGAAAUCGCCAUCAUGACUGCGCGUGAUCCAGAUCAAGCGGCAACUUUCAACUAUGCAUCAAUGGCAUUCAAUAACAACUUUUUCUUCGACUGCAUCCAACCCAACCCCGCCAGCGAACCCGAAAUGUCAGAACGACUCCGAGUCGCCAUCGAGGCCUCAUUCUCCUCUGUCGAUUCGCUAAAGAAAGAAUUCGUCAUCACAGCUAGUAAAAUGUUUGGACCGGGAUUUGUCUGGUUAAUGAAGGACAGAUUCGAUAGUCUUUCACUAUUGACUACAUAUCUAGCGGGUUCACCAUUCCCAGGUGCACACUACAGGAAACAAACAAAGGAUAUGAAUACCGAGAGUGAGAAUUUGACCGAUUACCACAGACAGAGGUUAGCAGGACCACCUGUAAAUACAGUCGGGGCACAUGGAGCAUUGAGCAAGGAGAGAAAACCACCGGGAGGAAUCGAGCAAACGCCCAUUCUGUGCGUCAACACAUGGGAACACGUAUGGAUUCCCGAUUACGGAAUGGGAGUCGAUAAUGUAGGAGGAAAGAAAGUCUAUGUAGAGAAUUGGUGGAACGUCAUCGAUUGGUCUGUAGUAGCAGACAACGCAGCCCUAUCUGGAAACUCAAUUGUAAGGUUUGAGCGGGAGUAA